AUGUCGUGCAGUGUGCCGGAUUGUAGUGAGAAGAGAUCAAGAAAUCCGAAAAAAUACUCAUUUCACAGGUUUCCGACGGACCCUGAAUUACGGCGGGAAUGGUUGCGUGCAAUUACACGAGAAACUUUGACCCCAGCUAAUUCUUCUCUUGUGUGCGGCAAACAUUUUGUCCCAGAAUGUUUCCUACCAACAGCAAAGAGGAAAAUCCUGAAGAGGGGCUCGAUCCCUACUUUAUUCCUACCUGCAUCAGAACCAGAAUCCAACAGCCCGAUAAUAAACUUUCUAAAUGCGGACUGCAGGCGACGCAUCUUAGACUAUUUGCCAGUUCGGGACCUCAUGCGGAUGGAACGGACCUGCAAACUCUGGCAGAACUCAGUGCUUGAUCACAUAUCACAACGCCGAAUUUUGAUUCGGAUAUACAAAGAUUUUAAAGAGGCUGUACGGAUUGUUCCUGGUGGUUUUAACCCUGCCAAGGCCCCAGAUAAAUUUUUCGUUACGAAAGACAACGACGAAGUCUUAACUAUCUUCAUGGAACAAUCGGUUGACUGGUGGCUUUCCUUCAAACUUUGGCUCAAAAAAUUUGGACCUGCAGUCCGGAAGUUUGAUGCUAACUGCCAAUAUUUUGAAGAUGUUGUGGAGAUCCUCAGGUACACCUGCCCUAACUUGGAAGUCCUCAGGCUGAUUAAUUUACAAAAGAAGCUGUCGCACACCAGCACGCUGUACUUCCCGAAGCUGGCCCGGCUCGCGUUCCAAGACUGUGGGAAGAUAACAGACGGUUGUGUCAACCAGUUCCUAACGAGCGACAUGAACGAAUUGUGCUUAUCCCUACCAGCAGGCGAACACAAACACGUCAAAGGCAGAUACCUACACAAUUUGAAUAUUGAUAAAAUGAAGUGUCUCACAUUAAGCUGCUUAAUAUCUGCUGCACAUUUCUCCAUUCUCCUUUCGUACGCGGACCGUUUAAAAAAUCUAACUACUUUAGUCCUCGACACUACACUUGAAAGAGGAGUUAACAACAGACUUCAUAUGCUAUUGGACAGAAUGCCAAACUUAGAAGAGUUUUCUUUCUUAGUCUACGGUGUGCCGAAUAAUGAUAAUGACGACCAGCUUCGGCAAAGGAGUAAUGUGUUUUUCGAGUCGGUGUGUCGACUUAAGAAGUUACGUCGGUUUAAGGCAGAUGGCGUGGAUGUGUGGGAUGAGCAUUUGGAAGCAUUGGCUAUGAAUUGUAAGGAUUUGUUGGCUGUGCGCUCGCCUUGCAACCGUAUAACAAAAGUGGGACUUGCCGCGCUGUGUCGUGAGCUGGGGCCUCAACUCCGCGAGCUCAACUUAACUGGAAGCCGCCUUGAUGACGACUCCAUAGCCGCGUGUGUCUACGCUUGCCCGAAACUUGUGUGGCUGAACAUAUCCGACCAUACCAUUUUCAACAUCGUGGUAGACCGCAUAGCGGAGGCGCGGCGCGACAUGCGCGCGAACUUGCGCGGGAGCAUGUACGCCAGCGACAACGAGAACAAUCUACGAUUUAAGCUGCAGCUGCGUAUUGACCAUUUGAGGAGCUGGUCCAGGUUCCGCAUGCCGCAGUUGUACCGUUACCCCCGUUGGUCAGAGGCAUUGAAUAUAUUUGAACAUCAAAAGAUUAGACAAUUUAAGGUAUUCUAA